AUGUCUUCUGCCAAGCAGAAACGAAAGGCGAAUUUUUCGGAAACAGAGAAAAGGGUGCUGUUGAGUGAUGUUGAAAAAUACUACUCCAUAAUAAACGGGAAGUUCGGUGAUUCUGUGACUAUGCAGAGGAAAAACGAAACGUGGAAAAAGAUCACCGAUCACGUAAAUGCUGCAUCGACAUGUCUUCGGACUGUAGACGAAAUUAAAAAGAAGUGGGAGGAUCUUAAAACACGAACCAAGAGAAAAGCCACUGGUAUUAAAAAGACUGUGAACGAAACUGGUAAUGUGCCGUUAAAGGAUACGCCUGUCGAACAACUAACGGACGUCGAGAACCGGAUUGUCGGCCUGCUGGGGGUUAUACGAACCCAGGGAAUUGAUGGUGGGAUAGAUACGGAUGUACCAAAGGAUAAACCAGUUGCCAGAAAGCCAACAACUCUGGUUCAAGAGAACGAGGAGGACACUGAUGACGAAACUCAGGACAUGUUUGACUCGGCGGUUACCGAAGACGAUUAUGACUUAUUGGCUCAAAGUCAUAGGCCACGGUCGACAUCUACGGCUACAUCCAAAAGACAGAGAACUCCGUCUCCCAUCCCAUCAACAUCCGCCAGAAACAAAAGAACCACUGGUCAUGCUGGUACUACAGUAGUAUCGGAGCAAUUGCUCGCAAUUGAAAAGGAGCGGUUGGAUGUCGAGAAAAAACGACUCCAGUUGGAGGAACGACGUCUUGACGUAGAGAUGAGACGACUCCGUAUUGACGAGGCACGCUGGCAACAAGAACGCGACGCGGCAACUCGUCAUUCCACCGAUGAGCACAGAGUGAAACGCCCUGCUGUUAGCCAUACAUGUACCACAUCAGACGAGUUCACUAACUUAUCAUCUUUCUAA